UGAUGGUCUAGAAGCUAGGGGAAUUGUGGUACCCAUGCAACAUUGCGCGGGGCCGGAACCUAGUCAGCAGAAGGUGUAUGAUAUAUACUAAACCGAGGGAAGAAACCGUCUCACUUCGCCACACAGGAAAUGCGGGGGCGGUUUGGACCCAUUUUAACCCACAGUCAAGCCUCAAGCGUUCUGUUUACGAGUCUCGGGAAGUCUACGUGAGCCAAAGCAGAAAUGGCAGCAUAUGUACGGACUACGGGAGGGAGGCCAGCUGUAUGUGUGCUGCUCUUCCUCGCGGUUUGCUGCUUUCUGGUUCCCUUAACAGGUGCAGGUUGCCCGACUGUCCGUCUGUUUGGAUCCACCAGUCUAUACCCUGAACUAUUUAUUGGCACAUACAGCAUGACUGGUCCUGUAACACCUGGGAGGCGACCUGAAUACAGAAACGAUGAGUCCAAUUUAGCACCGGCGUUUUUCAGCGAUGGUUUCUGGCAUGUAGGAAAUGCAAAUCGCAUCCGUGUGAAAGACUCCAGCUUCUAUCUUGAAGACAUAACCGGUACCUUCCAAAUUUGGGACAGUAAAGCAGGGUCUGAAGGAGAAUUUGUAGUGGAUCCGGAAGCCCACUUUAGUUGUGCAGACAUAACGUACAUCUGCAAGGACGACAGGAAAACCAUACAAUGUUCCCGACCAGACUUUCAGAAACUCCUGAUCGUCCGUGCUAUCUACGGUCAGGACUGGGCAUGUAAGUUGUCAAUGUGUACAGAACGGGAGGGAGACUGUACGAAUUGUUUUUGGGUAACCAGAAAUGACGUCAUAACAACAGUGAAGGCGCGCUGUAGCGGUUCCUGGGGGAACUGCACCUUACAACCGUCGGAUGAGAUGUUCCAAGGAGACCCGUGUGGCCACAUAGAAGGGGAUGUGGAUAAGUACCUGAGAGUGGAGCACAGGUGUGUAAAUGUUCCAAUGUCGCUCGGCUGCUACCAGGACGACCGAACCAACCCUCUGCUGACUCGUCAGCCGGUCUCUGAUUACAACAUGACGAUUCCAAAGUGCCUAGCACAUUGUCGAUCUCAAAGUUACCGUUACGCCGGAGUCGCCGACGAAUUAUUCUGUCAUUGCGGGAACCAGUUACAAGAUUCUGCCUCCCACCGCCUACCAAUCAUGAACUGUACUGCACCGUGUGGUGGAGACGAGUCCCAGUUCUGUGGAGGCGGACGUGGCUCGCAUAAAAUGGAAGUAUUUGAAGCGUCUAUUGGAGCAUGUGGCGGCGACGUGAAGACAAAUGAAGGUGUGAUCUACUCCCCAGACUUCCCCGGACCGUACCCACUAGAUCAGAACUGUGUGUGGAACAUACAAGUCAGUUCUCAAAACAUCAUAAGGAUCAAUAUAGAACUCUUAGACAUCUCAGACAGCGAUAGCUUGACGAUUACAGAGUACAGAUCUAAGCAGACAAUUGUUACUGUUCUCAACGGUACGUCAAUGACAGAAUACGUCAGCGUUAGCAGUAAUAUCAGCCUGCAGUUCCAAGCGGGGCCGCAAAGAUCGCAGCAAACGGACGGAUUCAUCAUUCGUUAUAAAGGUGUUGGCACCUGUGGACCCAUAGCAGUAGCUGAUGACGUCAUUUCCAUUUCCCCUGACCACGGAGGAAACUUCGCCAUUGGCAAACAGGCGAGCAUCGGUUGCAAAGACGGACGAAACGUCACUGUGCAGUGUCAGAACGACAGAAGCUUCAGCAUUACUGCUCCUUUCUGUACAGCUCUUGAUGUAGGCCACUGCGGACCCAUAGAUGUCAUCAAUGGCGUCAUUUCCGUUUCCCCUAACCACGGAGGUAGCUUCGCUAUUGGCCAACAGGCGACUGUCACGUGCCAAAACGGGCAGAACGUUACGCUACAGUGUGAGAUGAAUGGAGCCUUCAACAUUCCCAAACCUUACUGUAGUACAGAUCGUGCCAAGUGGAUGGCGAUCGUCGGCGGUAUAGUGGCAGUGUUGGUUCUUCUCGCCAUAGUUCUUGUGGUCACUCUCUACAUCAUCAGGAAAAGGAGAGCAGCGCAGAAGCAACACGCCACAGGCACUGCCGCCUACUCCGCAGCUCCUACUUCAGACAGCCUCGUUCUGACACCCGGAAACCUUAGUGCGCGUGCGCUUGGCGGCAAAAACGAGGCAGAAGAUGAUGUCCACGAGUACGCCUCCAUCCGGGACACUGGCCCCCGUGGUACCGAGCCGCUCUACGCUCAACCCGAUGGCGGUACGAAAAAAACGCUCGAGUUAAUGUAUGCAAAGCCAAUGAAACGCAAGAAGGGUACUCCUUCGGGACAAGAGGAAGAGGGAAUCGUGGACAAUGUUUUGUACGAAAGUUCGGUCGGAGCAGAGAGACAAACCAUUAAUGGGGAGCAACAGGGCCUCAUUAACAAUGACCUGUACCAACAGAUCUAAACCUCAAUUCUAAAGGAUUGAUAUCUCUGGUAUUCAAGUUACAGCUUUUGGUUAAUUUCUAAAUAACAAAUCUAUGUACACCUGUUAACUGUGUUAAGAUGGAUUGGACCCAUGAAUUCCAAACAACUAGCAUAAGUUCCUAUAAAAAUUUACACUUUUUUAAAGGCUGUUAUAUGUUGUUACAUCACUAUUUUGUUGAGUUUGAUUUAUGCUACCGAGUUCUUAGAAAUGAUGCCAACCUGUACAGUAAUACAGUAGUAACCGAGAGGAGGCCAUGAUCAGAUCUAUUACUACAUGUAGAUGGUAAUUCAAAGAGUAGUGGAAUUUCAUCUUACAAAGAAUAAGACUACAAACAUAAUAAAUAUAUAUAUGGAGGGACAAACCAAUAGCUAUACGAAAUUAAACAAAAUGCAAGGGUCUGUUUUUAACCACACUCACCCCAUCUGUAUUUAAACUGCAUGUGUAUAGGAACAGGCAGACAAACAUAGGAACAUACACUAGCAUUUGUAAUACAUGUAGUACUAGUAUAUAUUUGGUUUCAUUUAUCUUUAAUAGAAUAGGAAAUACAUUUUGUACCAAGUUUUAGAUUGCAGUGUGGAGUGCCAUAUCUUAACAUGUAAAUAACGACUUUAUGACAUUCCUAAAACGAAUUUGGGAGCAAUGACAGUAUGUGCAUAUUCUAUGCUUUUGUGGCUUAUUGUCAAGCUGUGUACGUUUUGUGGGCUACAUUGUAUUGUGGAGAAUAUAUUAUGUGACCCAAGAUUAUGUCUGUAUACAGAAUGAAAUAAACGUACAACAGAUUCAUAUUAUGUAACACA